ACUGACCUGCCUCGUUUAAUUCAAUGGAGACUCUUUUAUGAGAACAUUUGCUCCUCGGGGUGUGGCUGACAGGUACUGUCUGAAUUCUUCCUGGUCGUCAAAGGCAGACAGUUUUUCCUGGGAGUUAUCUCACAAUCUGAUCCGCACGGAUGCAGUGAAUUCAUGUGAACGUUGAUCCCGUUGUUCAGUUCAAAGUUUAGGACGCUGGAGCUCCUUGUUUUCUAUGAAUGCAAAACAUUGGAAUUAUUUAGUUGCUGUGACCUUUUCAACCCUUCUUUAAUUUCUACAUUAAGGAAUUAUUUCAGGAUGCUGCCAAAACUCUUCAUUUGUGGAGCGUUCCUUGGUUUUGUCUCUGUUCAGUUGUUCCUGAUGUCCUCUGACAGAAGAGUGGAGUUCUAUGGGUUUAGCCAGAACUUUCACACUAACUUCAAGUUAUCUGCCCGUAAAACAGAUGAUGUAGCGAAGGAGUUGAGCUCCAAGGUGCGCGUGUUGUGUUGGGUUAUAACCAGACCCCUGAACCUGAAGAUCAAAACUCAGCACAUUAAGGCAACCUGGGCUAAACACUGCAACACUGUGCUGUACAUGAGCUCCGAGGCCACGGACUUUCCCACCGUGGGCCUCAACGUGUCUGAGGGCAGAGACCAGCUCUACUGGAAGACCAUCCGGGCCCUCCAAUACAUCCACACUCAUCAUCUGCACAGUGCUGACUGGUUCCUCAAGGCUGAUGACGACACGUUUGUGGUGGUGGAGAACCUGCGGCGCCUCCUCUGCAGGCACAACACAGAGGAACCUGUCUACUUUGGCCACAGGUUCAGGGUUUUCAUCAAGCAGGGCUACAUGAGUGGUGGGGCAGGAUAUGUCCUGAGCAGAGAGGCACUCCGGAGGUUCGUCCAGGGCUUCAGCUCGGGCAAAUGCACACACUCCAGCCCGGUGGAGGACAAGGCCUUGGGCCAGUGCAUGGAGACUAUGGAGGUCAAAGCAGGGGAUUCAAGAGAUGAGAGGGCAAGAGAAACAUUUAAUCCCUUCCGUCCGGCUAGCCACCUCCAACUUCCAGCCAAUGGGAAGCAGUUCUGGGGCUACAGUUACUAUCCUACAAAACGAGGCCCAGACUGCUGUUCAGACUACGCCAUAACGUUUCAUUACGUGAAACCAGCACAGAUGUAUGAGCUGGAGUACUACACCUAUCACUUACGGCCAUUCGGAUACAAAUACAGGUUCAACCCUGCAAUCACAUCGAACUGCACUAAGGAUCUCUCGAACAGCUGACGCCCUUGUCUUCAGGACAACCUGCGAACGCUCAGAUAUUCAUUCAAGGAGAGCGUUUUAGUUGAAAAAGAAACUUUUUUAUUAUUGAACACAGACAACUGAAUAACAGUUUCAAGUAGUUUAGAGUUAAGAUGAAGAUACUCGUCUAUUUGAGAAACUACACGUAGCUUUUUUUGAGGAAAAUAGCUUAUUUAAAGAAAACGAAAUAUGAGACGUAACUUAUUUCUAGAUGAAGAACAGACUAGACUAGAUGAAGUACAGCACCAUGGAAAGUGAAGGAAUAUUAAUGACAUCACUUGCUGUUCACGCUCUUGAAGAAAUGCUCAGAACUGAGUUGAAGAAGCUGAGAAUUUUUUUUUGGAAAGAACAAGUGAUUUUGAAGUGGACGAGGCCACAGUGCAGGACCUUUAAGUGGGAUUGGGGGUGGUCGCUGAUUGUCAGUGCAGCCACUCGUACUCAUUCACAGCGAGGCCUUUGCCACUUAAGGAUUUGACCUCCCUCGUCUUGUUGACGCCACUUACUAUCCUGAGAGGUGAAGGCGACUUCAGUGGUUUAAUGCUUAAUAACUGAAAAUGUCUAAGACUUCUCGGCAUGUAGUUCCCAUGUACCAGCAAUAAGACAUAAAGUAAUAAAGCAACGCAAAUGUAGGGCUGGUCCGAAUAA